AUCCCUGAAUUUUCGGAUAUUUCUCAAUUUGAAUCCGAUAUCCCUGAAUUUUCGGAUCUAUCUUCAAUCAGAUCCAAUUUCCGCUUCAACAUCGUCUCAGAUCCAUUCCCAGAUCCGCCAGUUCUACCUCCAAUUCGAUUUCAGAUCUGUGCUCUCAGAUCCAAUUCGAUUUCAGAUCUGUGUACUCCUCAAUUUCUCUGUUCUGUUUCCACUUCAGUCUUCGUUUCAAUUUCUCUGUUAUCGCUUCAAUUUCGAUUUCUUUGAUUCUGUUCUGUUUCGUUUGUACCAUGGAAACCGGUACAAGUGCUAGAAUUGAUGCUCAGGACAUUCAAAUCAAUCAAUUACAGAGCGAUAUUACCAAAAUCAAAUCCACGUUGAACUCCUUGGAGGAAUCGCUGGAAGAGGAACGUGCUGAGUCGGCUGAAUUUCGUAAAACUCUGCUCAACUGGAUGCGAAAACAUGAGAAGAAAGGGGAAGAAGAGUCGCUGGGAUCUAGUUGUCGAUCGGGAUCGGUAUUAGCUCAAUUGGAGGCGCUUGUUUACAGAUCUGAAGAACGCCUGGGUAAAUCGCUGCUGCACAAUGGAUGUGGCUCCAAAUCAAGGUCGGAUAGUGCUAAUUGGGCCUUAUCGACUGUUGAAACUGAGUUUGUCCAUGGCUCCUCAACAACCAACUCGAUGUCUGAUACAGAUCACUUGAAGGCGAUCAUAUACCGAUUUGAAGAAACGUCCGCCGACCAUGGCUAUUUGAUGCUGAAUAGUCAUUCGGAUUCCAUUUUUUCAGGCUCUAAUUCUACAUCGCCGGCUCCAAUUGCGCAAUUUCAGUCUCCACGAGCACAAAUUGUUGGCGUCCGAUCAAAAUCUCAUGAAAUUGGGGUGAUUUCGGGCCGUUCUCAGGGAAAUUUGGGCUUCAGGACUGUGGUAUUGGGCUCAGAUGCUGUAUUGGGCCUUGGUAUUUUCAACAUUCGACUAGCCGACUUACCGCCUAAGUUGUUUGAUCUGGAUCCUGAUCCAGAACCACCUAACCGUCAUACACCUUCGCUUUCAGCUCCUGUUCGGGUUCUUUCAAGUCAACUAUGGGUGGUGCACAGGCAGUGUCGGCCUCCCGAAGACUCAACUAAGGAGAUCUCAGUUUGCUUUUGGAGCUCGUUAUCGGAUUCCAGUCUUGAGGACAAGACUGUUUUGAAGGGGGGAGUAUUGAUAGAGAUCGCAUACAUAUUAGUAUAUUGUAAUAGUGUAAGGGGUAUUAGUGUAAUUACUUUUCUAUAAAUAAGGCAUUAGUCAUUAGUAAAGGAUAGGAAGAGAAUUAGUAGUUAUUGGGCUCAUUGCCUUGUGCAUGAGAAGGGCUUAGCCCUGGACCACUUUGGUGGCUAGUCUUUGUAUUGUCUUCUUCAGAUUAUCAAAGUUUAUCAAAUAUAGUUACAGAUUUAUUUUUCA